AUGGAGUACACCACCGCCACCACCUCGACUGGGGAGCAGAUAGUCGUGCAGACAUCCAAUGGACAGAUCCAACAACAGGUGAGGGGCAACGGUUCCAGCCUGAGCUGGUGAUUCUCAACCAGACUUUACUGCGGUACAACAACUGAAUACCAUGAGAAGUGUCCUUUUUAGGCAAUUGAUUUAUAUAAAAUAAUUACAUCUAAUCUCUGAGACUUCUGGGAUGAGUCAACUCUAGCUGUACCUUGUUCUGUGUUCAUUAGGCACCAAACAUCAGAGAACGGAAUGAAACAGGGAGGGACUACCUGGAUUUAGGGGCUUGUCAAAUAAGAAAUGCUCAUUUCUGUUUUCCGUUACAAAAAAUGCUUUGAAACGGUUUCCGUUUUUUCGUGCCCUAAUGAACAUGACCUUGUCUGCAGACUCAGGGCACAGUGACGGCUGUGCAGCUGCAGACCGAGGCGCCGGUAUUGACGGCCUCUGGCCAGCAGGUGCAGACACUCCAGGUAGUGGUGUGACCGUCGGUCUAUGUAUUACAUCGCACUGCGUUAGUGUCACAGUGUCACAGCAUGCCUCUCGCCUACCAUGAUUACCAUGCCCCAUCUCCGUGGUAGCUGCCCUAGCAUGCUAUCGCUGCUCUGAGCUGCAUGCCCCAGCUCAGUGACUUGAUUGAGUUAGUCCGAGUCAUCCACGAAGGUACUAGCAACAGUCUGAAACAUCGGAUUGACCAUCAUAUUAUGGCCAUUUGCCAGAGUUGUUCACCAUCGUUCACGCUAUGAUCCGCUUACACUGUCUACUGGUUCAUGUGUUCAUCAUUUUACGGUCUAAAACAGGAAUUACAUUCUAAGUCUUAAUGACAUGCUUGGUGUUAUAUCAGUGCUCUGGCUGUGACAUGAAACUGCACAGUUAUAGUACACACUGAGUGUACAAAAUAUUAUGAACACCUGCUUUUUCCAUGACAUAGACUAUCCAGGUGAAAGCUAUGAUCCCUUAUUGAUGUCACUUGUUAAGUCCACUUCAAUCAGUGUAGAUGAAGGGGAGGACACAGGUUAAAUGAGGAUUUUGUAUCCUUGAGACAAUUGAGACAUGGAUUGUGUAUGUGUGCCAUUCAGAGGGUGAAUGGGCAAGACAAAAUAUUUAAUUGCCUUUGAGCGGGUUAUGGUAGUAGGUGCCAGGCGCACCGGUUUGUGCCAAGAACAGCAAUGCUUCUGUGUUUUUCACGCUCAACAGUUUCCCGUGUGUAUCAAGAAUGGUCCACCACCCAAAGGACAUCCAACCAACAUUGGCCUGCAUCCCUGUGGAAUGCUUUUGACACCUUGUAGAGUCCAUGCCCCCAACGAAUUGAGGAUGUUCUGAGGGCAAGGGGUUUUAGGAAGGUGUUCAAAUUCAGUUUUAGGAAGGUGUUCUUAAUGUUCUGUACACUCAAUGUAUAUGAUUAUCUAGGAAUGAAUGUAUCAACUUUAACCAUCCCCCCCACCACAGGUCCAGGGCCAGCCCCUGGUGGUGCAGGUGAGCGGAGGGCAGCUGAUCACGUCGUCAGGGCAACCCAUCAUGGUGCAGGCUAUGGGGGGGGGGCAGGGACAGACCAUCAUGCAGGUGCCAGUGUCUGGAGGACAGGGACUGCAACAGGUGAGGAAUGGGAUGGGAGGAAACCAUAGAAAUAUAAUUACUAGAACCCAUUCAAUUAUGAGAAUCCAGUCAAAUUGCAGUGUUCUUAGGGUCUUUUCCUAUUCUAGUAAUCAUAUUCCUUUGAGCUAGAGUCGGGAGUUGGCAUGAUAUUAUGAACACGCUAUCAUCUGAUCAUGUUUCACUGUCAGAUCCAGCUACAGGGUGGACAGCAGAUCCAGCUGCAGAACGGUCAGACGAUCCAUCUAGGGGGACAGCAGAUCCAGCUGCAGAACGGCCAGAUGUUACAGCUAGGGGGACAGCAGGGUCAGCCCCAACAGAUCAUUAUCCAACAGCCACAACAAGCCAUCACAGCCGGACAGAACCAGGUACACACACACACACACACUCUGAAAGGUAUACACCUAGACACACUUCUAAUGACACACUUCCUGUAUUGGGACAAUGUGACACCAUCAGCAUUUAAGUCUGAAUUUGAACUUACUUUAGUUCAACCUCCACAUGAUGAACUACAAUGUAAGUACAAAUCUCUUAUUGACACUGAUUCAUGGGUCAGCUGAUCCAGCUGCAGCAAGGCCACAGAUGUUCAGCUUCAAUCCUAUGCAAUAUAUACAGUACACUCAGUAGUCCGAUUGACUGUUAGAAUAGGCAAAACGAGUGACCUAAGAGACUUUGAGUGUGGUAUGAUCGUCGGUGCCAGGCGUGCCGGUUCCAGUAUCUCAGAAACGGCCGGCCUCCUGGGCUUUUCACACAUGACAGUGUCUAGGGUUUACAGAGAAUAGUGCGACAAAUAAAAAAACAGUCAGCUGCAGUCCUGUGGGCGAAAAACAGCAUGUUGAUGAGAGGUCGAAGGAGAAUGGCAAGAAUCGUGCAAAAAUAACAGGCGGGCCACAAACAGGCAAAUAACGGCAUCUCGGAACGCACAACUCGUCGGCCCUUGUCACGGAUGAGCAAUUGCAGCAGACGACCACAGCGGGUUCCACUCCUAUCAGCUAAAAGCAAGAAGAAGCAGCUCCAGUGGGCUGGCAAUCACCAACACUGAUGAGUGGAAAAACAUUGCCUGGUCCGACGAAUCCCUGUUCCUGUUGCAUCAUGCUGAUGGCAGAGUCAGGGUUUGGCGUAAGAGUCCAUGCUCCCAUUCUGCCUGGUGUCAACGGUACAGGCUGGUGGUGGUGGUGUAAUGGUGUGGGGAACGUUUUCCUGGCACACGUUAGGUGCCUUGAUAGAAAUUUAGUAACGUUUCCCAUGCCCCGAAGAAUUCCGGCUGUUCUGGAGGCAACGGGGGUUGGAUCCGGUACUAGAUGGGUGUACCUAAUAAACUGGCCACUGAGUGUAUAUACCUUUAAAAAGGGAAAAAUCCCCUUGUUGGUUCAGUCCAAUAGGAAUUAUAUUAUAAUUAUAUAUACAGUACCAGUCAAAAGUUUGGACACACCUACUCAUUCAAGCGUUUUUCUUUAUUUUUACUAUUUUCUACAUUGUAGAAUAAUAGUGAAGACAUCAAAACUAUGAAAUAACACAUAUGGAAUCAUGUAGUAACCAAAAAAGUGUUAAACAAAUCAAAACAUAUUUUAUAUUUGAGAUUCUUAAAAUAGCCACCCUUUGCCUUGAUGACAGCUUUGCACACUCUUGGCAUUCUCUCAACCAGCUUCACCUGGAAUGCUUUUCCAACAGUCUUGAAGGAGUUCCCACAUAUGCUUAGCUCUUGUUGGCUGCUUUUCCUUCACUCUGCCGUCCGACUCAUUCCAAACCAUCUCAAUUGGGUUGAGGUCGGGGGAUUGUGGAGGCCAGGUUAUCUGAUGCAGCACUCCAUCACUCUCCUUCUUGGUAAAAUAGCCCUUACACCGCCUGGAGGUGUGUUGGGUCAUUGUCCUGUUGAAAAACAAAUGAUAGUCCCACUAAGCCCAAACCAGAUGGGAUGGCGUAUCGCUGCAGAAUACUGUGGUAGCCAUGCUGGUUAAGUGUGCCUUGAAUUCUAAAUAAAUCACAGACAGUGUCACCAGCAAAGCACCCCCACACCAUAACACCACCUCCUCCAUGCUUUACGGUGGGAACUACACAUGCAGAGAUCAUCCGUUCACCCACACCGCAUCUCACAAAGCCAUGGCGGUUGGAACCAAAAAUCUCAAAUUUGGACUCCAGACCAAAUGUUCAUUGCUCGUGUUUCUUGGCCCAAGCAGGUCUCUUCUUCUUAUUGGUGUCCUUUAGUAGUGGUUUCUUUGCAGCAAUUCGACCAUGAAGGCCUGAUUCACACAGUCCCCUCUGAACAGUUGAUGUUGAGAUGUGUCUGUGACUUGAACUCUGUGAAGCAUUUAUUUGGGCUGCAAUUUCUGAGGCUAGUAACUCUAUAUAAAAUAUAUUUUGAUUUGUUCAACACUUUUUUGUUUACUACGUAAUUCCAUAUGUGUUGUUUCAUAGUUUUGAUGUCUUCACUAUUAUUCUACAAUGUAAAAAUAAAGAAAAACCCUUGAAUUUGAAUGAGUAGGUGUGUCCAAACUUUUGACUGGUAGUGUGUAUAUAUUAUAUACAGUGCAUUCGGAAAGUAUUCAGACCCUUAGACUUUUUCCACAUUUUGGUACGUUACAGCCUUAUUCUAAAAUGUAUUAAAUAAAUAAAAAUCCUCAUCAAUCUACACACAAUGCCCCAUAAUGACAAAGUGAAAACAGGUUUUUAGAAAUUAUUCAGACCCUUUGCAAUGAUACUCGAAAUUGAGCUCAGGUGCAUACUGUUUCCAUUGAUCAUCCUUGAGAUGUUUCUACAACUUGAUUUGGAGUCCACCUGUGGUAAAUUCAAUUGAUUGGACAUGAUUUGGAAAGGCACACACCUGUCUAUAUAAGGUCCCACAGUUGACAGUGCAUGUCCGAGCAAAAACCAAGCCAUGAGGUCAAAGGAAUUGUCCGUAGAGCUCCGAGACAGGAUUGUGUUAAGGCACAGAUCUGGGGAAGGGUACCAAAAAAUGUCUGCAGCAUUGAAGCUCCCCAAGAACACAGUGGCCUCCUCCAUGGAAUAAGUUUGGGACCACCACGACUCUUCCUAGAGCUGGCCGCCCGGCCAAACUGAGCAAUUGGGGGAGAAGGGCCUUGGUCAGGGAGGUGACCAAGAACCUGAUGGUCACUCUGACAGAGCUCCAGAGAUCCUCUGUGGAGAUGGGAGAACCUUCCAGAAGGACAACCAUCUCUGCAUCACUCCACCAAUCAGGCCUUUUAUGGUAGAGUAGUCAGACGGAAGCCACUCCUCAGUAAAAGUCAUAUGACAGCCCGCUUGGAGUUUGCCAAAAGGUACCUAAAGGACUCUCAGACCAUUAGAAACAAGAUUCUCUGGUCUGAUGAAACCAAGAUUGAACUCUUUGGCCUGAAUGCCAAGCGUCACGUCUGGAGGAAACAUGGCACCAUCCCUAUGGUGAAGCAUGGUGGUGGCAGCAUCAUGCUGUGGGGAUGUUUGUCAGCGGAAGGGACUGGGAGACUAGUCAGGGUCGAGGGAAAGAUGAUGUCGGGCAAAGUACAGAGAGAUCCUUGAUGAAAACCUACUCCAGACCUCAGACUGGACCUAAGACUUCUGCAAAGAAGAAUGGGAGAACCUCCCCAAAUACAGGUGUGCCAAGCUUGCAGCGCCAUACCCAAGAAGACCCGAGGCUGUAAUCGCAGCCAAAGGUGCUUCAACAAAGUACUGAGUAAAGGGUCUGAAUACUUAUGUAAAUGUGAUAUUUCAUUUAUUUUAUAUACAUUUGCUAAAAUUUCUUAAAAACAGUUUUUGCUUUGUCAUUAUUAUGUAUUGUUUGUAGAUUGAUGAUGGAAGGGGGGAAAAACAACAACAUUUUAACCCAUUUUAGAAUACGGCUGUAACGUAACAAAAUGUGGAAAAUGUCUAAGGGUCUGUAUACUUUCCGAAUGCACCGUGUAUUAUGAUUAUAUUCUAUAUUUCUUAAUUCCUUUUCUAUUUAGUUGUUGGAAUUGUGUGUAUUGUUUUCUAUUGUGCUGUGUUACUGCACUGUUGGAGCUAGGAACAUAAUCAUCUCGCUACAGCCGCGAUAACAUCUGCAAAAUAUGUGCACGGGACCAAUACAAUUUGAUAGAGUUUUGAAUACAGUUUAUAGCAUUAAGGAGAUAGAAUGGAGGGGGGGAAGGCCCUGCGAUAGUCGCCUGUCCCUGUACUUGUACAACAAGCUGCCUCACACUACAGACACAGGAGAUAGGCUCCUGCUCCUAUGAGUCGUUGUGGCUCGCACAAGCCAAGGCUCAUGCAAGGCUACUUCCUUUACUUGUCACCGUAUAUGACCCGGUCCUGUGUGUUCCUAUAGGGCCAGCAGAUCCAGCUGCAGCAGGGCCAGCAGAUCCAGCUGCAGCAGGGCCAGCAGCUUGCGCAGACGGCUGAUGGACAGACCAUCGUCUACCAGCCUGUCAACGCAGACGGCACCGUCCUUCAACAGGGUAGGUUUACAGUACGGCCACACACACACCGACAUGCAUGGACGCACACACACAAACACACACACACAAGCAAACAAACCAUCAAACAAAAUGGUGAAGGUGGUGGUGAUAAGGAGGCCUUUUUUCUCCCCAGGAAUGAUCACCAUCCCAGCAGGCAGCCUAGCGGGGGCCCAGAUGGUACAGGCAGGGGGGGCCAACACCACCACCACCAACAGUGGACAGCAGGGCACUGUGACCGUCACCCUGCCGGUCUCAGGCAACAUGAUGAACGCCGGUGGCAUGGUCAUGGUAAGGCCCCCAUCAGGGAUACCCAGACAUCCUGUUACCUAGAUCACUGAGGGGGUUGGGUCACAUGGUGUGUUAGUACCUGGUUAUUACAGAGCCCGUAGUGUGUUAGUACCUGGUUAUUACAGAGCCCGUAGUGUGUUGGUACCUGGUUAUUACAGAGCCUGUAGUGUGUUAGUACCUGGUUAUUACAGAGCCUGUAGUGUGUUAGUACCUGGUUAUUACAGAGCCCGUAGUGUGUUAGUACCUGGUUAUUACAGAGCCCGUAGUGUGUUAGUACCUGGUUAUUACAGAGCCCGUAGUGUGUUAGUACCUGGUUAUUACAGAGCCCGUAGUGUGUUAGUACCUGGUUAUUACAGAGCCCGUAGUGUGUUAGUACCUGGUUAUUACAGAGCCCGUAGUGUGUUAGUACCUGGUUAUUACAGAGCCCGUAGUGUGUUAGUACCUGGUUAUUACAGAGCCCGUAGUGUGUUAGUACCUGGUUAUUACAGAGCCCGUAGUGUGUUAGUACCUGGUUAUUACAGAGCCCGUAGUGUGUUAGUACCUGGUUAUUACAGAGCCCGUAGUGUGUUAGUACCUGGUUAUUACAGAGCCCGUAGUGUGUUAGUACCUGGUUAUUACAGAGCCCGUAGUGUGUUAGUACCUGGUUAUUACAGAGCCCGUAGUGUGUUAGUACCUGGUUAUUACAGAGCCCGUAGUGUGUUAGUACCUGGUUAUUACAGAGCCCGUAGUGUGUUAGUACCUGGUUAUUACAGAGCCCGUAGUGUGUUAGUACCUGGUUAUUACAGAGCCCGUAGUGUGUUAGUACCUGGUUAUUACAGAGCCCGUAGUGUGUUAGUACCUGGUUAUUACAGAGCCCGUUGUGUGUUAGUACCGGUUAUUACAGAGCCCGUAGUGUGUUAGUACCUGUUAUUACAGAGCCUGUAGUGUGUUAGUACCUGGUUAUUACAGAGCCUGUGAGUGUGUUAGAUACCUGUGUUAUUCAGAGCACGUGUUUUGUUAUUGAAUAACGCAGUUGAGAAUUUCAGCGCUUAGAAUUGUAUUCACAUAUUUUAGUUUCUCUCUGUGGAUGGGUUGUUUGAUCUGAAUAUUGUUCAAUUAACCAGCGAUCUGUGUGUUUUUAGCAGAUUUCUAUGUCUCCUCUCUUCUCCUCUACUCUCCCUCACCUCUCCCCACUCUCUCUCUCCUCCUCUCUCUCUCUCUCCUCCUCCUCCUCUCUCCCUCUCUCUCUCUCUCAUCUCUCUCUCUCUCUCCUCUCUCUCUCUCUCUCUCUCUCUCUCUCUCUCUCUCCUCUCUCCCUCUCUCUCUCUCUCUCUCUCUGCUAGAUGAUGCCUAGUGGGGGUGCGGUGCCUGCUAUGCAGCGUAUCCCUCUACCUGGGGCUGAGAUGUUAGAGGAGGAACCGCUGUACGUCAACGCUAAACAGUACCAUCGCAUCCUGAAGAGAAGACAGGCCCGCGCCAAGCUGGAGGCAGAGGGCAAGAUCCCCAAGGAGAGAAGGGUGAGUAGCAUGGAUUAGGGUAGGGGUUCGGGUUAGUGUAUUACGACAGGCCCGAGACAAGCCUGAGGCAGAGGGCAAGAUCCCUGAGGAGAGGAGGGUGAGUAGCAUGGCCUCUCUCUCUCUGAAGGGCUGUUGUCACUAUGGAGUAUGGGAAUUGAUCAUGUCCUGCUGCUGGACUGAGAGCAUAUCGUAGUGUUGUUCGUAGGGCUACACGGCUACAUUAUUGAAUACUUUAACAACUUUACCUCCCAGAUUGGUCAAAUUAGUUGUGGUUAGGGGUGUAACCGUACACAUAUUCACACAUAACCGUUUUGUACAGGACCUCCUGUGAGCCUGAAUGAAUACAUUAAAAAUAUAUUUAUUUACAAAAUAAAAACACUAGGCCUAUAGACUAUGCUGCGUUUUAUGUGGAGUAAAUCUGAGCUAAAAACACAACAACAUUUCAGGCUAUUCCUUUAAAGCAACGACAGCCUAUCACACGUUGUAAUCAAAAUUCUAAUUCUUAAUUGGCACAUUUCAAACUGUCCUUAUGUGAGGCGCAGCCGUUAACUAGUUCUGUACGAUGGCGGGUGGUGGUGUCGAUUUAAACCAGGAGGAUUCUCCAUCAUUGUUUAAAUCUCCAGUUUGAGAACAUUUCGGCUUCCCAGUACAUUACAACGGCGAUGGACAGAGAGAGUAUGGUCGCCACUGCUCAACGAGAAUAGCCUAUGCAGCUGCCAACACAUUUUUACAUUUUAGUUAUUUUAGCAGACGCUCUUAUCCAGAGCGACUUACAGUUAGUGAGUGCAUACAUUUUCAUACUGGCCCCCCCGUGGGAAACGAACCCACAACCCUGGCGUUGCAAGCGCCAUGCUCUACCAACUGAGCUACAGAGGACUACAUCAUCAAAUAUGUUAACGCGUUUAUGCCGACAUCUCUCCAGUAUACCGGAUCGAGACGGAAACGCAUUCAAGCAGACCGUUGGCAGCUGAUUCUGACCGGGCCAAAGUAGGGUUGGGUGGCGUACCGUAUUUGACUAUAUACCGGUAGUGAUUCACGGACCGGUUUGAAUUGUUACUUUACCUUCUAUAACUGUAUUUCAAUGUUUGGUUUGUUAAAUGUGAUACGCAACUACGGCGCGUAUAAUGUCCGUUUUUUUAUAGUUUUCUCUCCGUUUGCUACUUGAGGCAUCUCUCUCCUUCCUGCUGCUACAUGCUGUGAACCACACCAAGCCCCGCCCCCUGUCACUCAAGGAGAGAGCGGUUGUUCGACUACAGAGUCGAGAGCACUUUCUUGCCGUUCACUCUGCAUGGUCAGAUGGAUGCAACAAUGUUGUCGACGUGCUGCUUUCCACAAGCGUUCUAUACGCUAUUCGUUUUUAUACAACGGGUGGUUCUAAUCCUGGAUGCUGAUUGGUUAAAACCGCAUUCCAGCCGGUGUCUGUUCCACAAGUUCCCACCGGCUAAAUCUAUGAGAUUGAAAUGCGUAUUUACUCUGUUCCAUCUGACUGCGCAAUUUAUAUACUACAUCUACACUGUAAAAAGCAUCUAGACAUUAUACAUUUACAUUUUAGUCAUUUAGCAGACGCUCUUAUCCAGAGCGACUUACAGUUAGUGAUUACAUAUUUUUUAUAUACUGGCCCCCCGUGGGAAUCGAACCCACAACCCUGGCGUUGCAAACGCCAUGCUCUAUCAACUGAGCUACAUCCCUGCCGGCCAUUCCCUCCCCUACCCUGGACGACGCUGGGCCAAUUGUGCGCCGCCCAUUAGUCUCCCGGUCGCGGGCGGCUGCGACAGAGCCUGGAUUCGAACCAGGAUCUCUAGUGGCACAGUUAGCACUGCGAUGCAGUGCCUUAGACCACUGCGCCACUGCGUGUGUGUGUUAUCUCCCAUUUUCUCAAGGAUGAUCAAUAGAAACAGGAUGCGCCUGAGCUCAAUUUCGAGUCUCCUAGCAAAUGGUCUGAAUACUUAUGUAAAUAAGGUAUUUCUGUAAUACAUUUGCUAUUUUUAUUUAUUUUCAAACUGUUUUCGCUUUGUCAUUAUGGGGUAUUGUGUGUAGAUUGCUGAGGAUUUUGAUUUAUUUAAUCCAUUUUAGAAUAAGGCUGUAAUGUAACAAAAUGUGAAAAAAGGGAAAGGGUCUGAAUACUUUCCGAAGGCACUGUAUUGGCACGACUUCGUCUCCGGCCUAACAACACCCCUGCCAAUAUAUACUCGAAACACCGGCUUUUCGGGCAUUGUCGCUGAAUUAUGCCAUGGCAUUAUACCAUUGGCUUGAAGGGCAUUCUAGAGCGUGCAUUAUUUCCCUAUAACGCACAGUAUAUUUGCACGGUAGAAUUCAAUGGCUAUAGUUCAUUCUUACAUGUUCUAUAUUUGAGCUGCUUUUGAAAGGAGAAGUCGAAUUUGAAAACAUUAUUGGCAUUGUUGAAUUCGAUUUUCAUAAUAGCAAGCUAGGACUGAUGGUUUGGUUAGCUAAAGGAGCAAGUCUGUUUGUUUGGUUACCAAGGUAACUACUGUAGCUAUUCUAGUAAACGUGCUAGCUACUUCAGUGGACGUUGAUCACAUUUCUAGCUGUAAAUUAGUUAAAUUAUAGCCACGGUAUAAAAGGGUUAUAAUCAGCUCGGGGCUCUAUGCGUUCUCUGGAAAAUAAUGCAACUCUGUGGAAGGUCAGUUCCACUCCGCUAGCGUGUUGUGGAACACACCUUCCACGUCGUUCAUUAUUUUCCAGAGAAAGCAUAGCCCCUCGUUGAUUAUACCUUACGUGUAUCUUACUGUCUGCAAACUACUAUCUGUUAGUUUUAGUCUUCUCUUAGCAAGGUGUUGCUAAAGUGAUAGUUGGCCAUUCUCGAUGGUUGAGAAUAGGGGGUUUCAGCACCUCUUGAAAGGGCCCGAGUGACGUUACUAGCUUCCCUCUUGCACCCGUUUCAGCGAACAAGUAGUACCCGCUCUAUAUAAGCAAACCAAAGCCGAAGUAUUCAAUUAAUUGGCGAUGCACCAUGUGUUGCGCUUACUUAAAGGCCCAGUGCAGUCAAAAACAUGAUUUUCCUGUUAUGUAUAUAUUUAUACGCUAUGUGGUUGGAGUAACACUGUGAAAUUGUAAAAAUUUGGAUAAUGCCCUUUUAUUAUUAUUAUUUUUUUAAUUUUAGCCCCUUUUUCUCCCCAAUUUCGAUCUUGUCUCAUCGCUGCAACUCCCCAACGGGCUCAGGAGAGGCGAAGGUUGAGUCAUGCGUCCUCCGAAACAUAUGACCCGCCAAACCGCGCUUCUUAACACCCGCCCGCUUAACCCGGAAGCCAGCCGCACCAAUGUGUCAGAGGAAGCACGUUCAACUGACGACCGAAGUCAGCCUGCAGGCGCCCGGCUAGUUUCCAGUUUUCCCCCUCCCCACUCAGACCACUCCCAGACCGUCCUAGCAAAAUUCUUGCUUGACAAAUUGCUCCUUGCUAAGAAGCAGUUUUUUGUUUAUUUUUGACCAUUUAUAAUUGAGAACAAUCACAGUAAGGUACUUAAUUGUUACCCAGAAAUGAUUUGAUAUUGAGAUAUAAACGGCUGCAUUGGACCUUUUAACAGUGGCAGCCCCGUCACAUUACCCCGGAGUGGGAGAUGUACAGCGCUACAGACAUCGCCCCCUUUAUGAGUGUCACAAGUGUGCAUCUGGUACUGAAGGAGGCAGUGUCAUGGUGCGUUCGUAUCCAAGUGGGAAGUGGGAAUUUACCACAUACGAGACUGGGAAAAAUCCACUUGAACGGCCCUCCAAAUUGUAAUUACUGGUUUGAAACUGACUAUCAUCCUGAGCACCCACUUCUCACACGGGGACCUCUGAUGUCACCUACUAAGAAAAUGGCCUCUAUAACAGCAUUUUUGGCAGUUAAACGCAACAACAAAACAGUAUGUAUAAAAACCAAUCUAUUAAUUUUUGAACAUGAUAGCUGUACUUUUAUUUUAUUUGCCAAUCUGUGUUUCUCAACGAGUUCAUAUCACAUGAAUGGAACUGGUAUUUACGACUUUACGGUAAAUUCCCACCUCCCACAUGGUUACAAACACAGCAUCAGAAUGGAAACUUGAGAGGCCCAACAUAACAAUCCGGUCACAACAGACAAUGCCAGGAACAUUGUGAAUGCUGAACAUUGUGAAUGCUGAACAUUGUGAAUGCUGAACAUUGUGAAUGGCAUUUCAUUUUCCCGCUGUACUGAAACCAAACCGUGACUCCAAAACCGCAAUACGUACCGAACCGUGGGUUUGGUGAACCGUUACAACCCUAGUUGUUAGUGACUCUCUUUCUUUCUCUCUCCCUCUCUCUAUCUAUCUAUAUAUCUAUCUAUCUGACAGAAAUACCUGCAUGAGUCCCGUCACCGCCAUGCCAUGCAGCGCAAGAGGGGAGACGGAGGACGCUUCUUCUCUCCCAAGGAGAGGGAGGAGAUGGCCCUGGCCCUCGCCCAGGUAGGAGAGCUGGAGAAGAGGAACCAAAAGUAGAAAUUCAGGAGGGGAUGGUUUGAGAUCCUACUGGCUACCUCAAUCAGCCUCCUCCCCAUAACCGCCAUUAUACAAUUUGAAUUGAAGAGUCCUUACUAAGUUCUUCAGGCUUUAUACAAUACACAUAAACCUAGGGCUACAGACAAAAAUUCACUGGUGGCACCAGCCCAUGAUUUGGCGUCACACAAUAGAAACAUUUACAUUUUAGUCAUUUUAGCAGACGCUCUUAUCCAGAGCGACUUACAGUUAGUGAGUGCAUACAUUAUUUCAUACAAAUGUGUAAUCAUCUUAUAAAGUCAUUCCAGUCCAAUAUUUUAGCAAAAUCAGAAAUUCCCCUCAUAUUAUACGAGGGCUUUCAGAUUUGACCAAUUUACCACACUAUUUCCGCAUAAAACUGUCAAGUCAUGGUUGAAUCAAGCCACACAUUUUCACGACAAAUUGGACAAAAUCAUUGCAUAUUGCCAUGCAAAAUGUCAGAACAGCCACAGCAAAAUCAAGCAUUUUGGCCCGCAAAUAUCACAAAAACCCUGCAAAAUCCUGGAGGGACUAUCAUUCACAGUGCUUUUGUAGUGUUGAGAAAACGAUGCUAAUUAUGCUGUGGAGAACAAGGGAAUCCGCUGGACGCUGUACUUUGAUCAUAAAGGUUUAUUAUAUCAAAGGGUUACAGCGUCGAUUUACAGACAUCUGCCGACAUCUGGAGAAUAACCGGCUCCAAUCUCUAAAUAUGUUAUUCUCCCCGUCCUUUGUCCCAAACCAUAGUAUAUAUCCUAUGUAACCUGAUAUGGGCGUUUUCCCCUACGGACCAAUCCCAGGACUCCACCUAACAGACUUCCUCUGUUUUAGGGUGCCCCUAUAGAACUACUCUCCAGAUGCUUCCCUUAAGCUGAGUCAACAUCCUCUAAGACCUUUUGCAAACGUCAGCGAAGUCAUAUAUUGUUCAGAUACCACACUUUAUUAAAGGUGCACUAUGCAGACAUCGCUCCGCCAUUUCCUGUUUGCAAAAAUUCUAAUAGUUGGCCUAAUUUCAGUUUAUGUGACAAAACAAGCAAGUAUACUGUAGAGAAUAAUUGUACCAUCAGUUGUUUUAUCUAACAUGUUGUGAUUCAAAUAUUUUGAUGAGCAACCUAAUCCAGUUAUUGUCAUGGAUUUUUGGGUUGACAAUUAGGCUUUUGUUGUUUUAUUUUACUGUUAAAAUAACUGCAGUCGGCAUGCCAAUUGCACAAUCCCUCACAACUUGAGACAUCUGUGGCAUUGUGUUGUGUGACAAAAAUGCACAUUUAAGAGUGGCCUUUUGCUGUUUAGUGUUGCCCGUGCUGUUUAAUCAGCUUCUUGAUAUGCCACACCUGUCAGGUGGAUGGAUUAUCUUGGCAAAGGAGAAAUGCUCACUAACUGUUAUGUAAACAAAUGUGUUUACACAUUUUGAGAGAAAUAAGCUUUUAGUGAGUAUUUAUUGCAGCUCAUGAAACAUGGGACCAACACUUUACAUGUUGCGUUUAUAUUUUUGUUCAGUGUAAUUUGUAAACAUUUAGAAAAACAUAAUUCCACUUUAACAUUAUUACAUUUACAUUUAGCAGACGCUCUUAUCCAGAGCGACUUACAGUUAGUGAGUGCAUACAUUAUUUAUAUAUAUAUAUAUAUAAUUAUUUUUUACUGGCACCCCGUGGGAAUCGAACCCACAUCCCUGCCGGCCAUUCCCUCCCCUACCCUGGACGACACUGGGCCAAUUGUGCGCCGCCCCAUGGGUCUCCCGGUCGCGGCCGGCUACGACAGAGCCUGGAUUCGAACCAGGAUCUCUAGUGGCACAGCUAGCACUGCGAUGCAGUGCCUUAGACCACUGCACCACUCGGGAGUAGUGUGUGUAGGCCAGUGACCAAAAAAAUAUUAAUUUAAUCCAUUUUAAAUUCAGGCUGUAACACAACAAAAUGUGGAAAAAGUCAAGGGGGGUGAAUACUUUCUGAAGGCACUGUAGGUAGAAUCGUACGCUACGAAGAAAUCUUCCUUUUUAUUUUUUAAUGUUGAACAUUUUCAAUAUUUUUUCUUUACCCUUUUAAAAUGUGUAGUAGGUUGUGCAGAUCAGUAAAAAAAACAAACCCCAAAAAUUUUUGAGGCAGAAAAAUGUGAAGAGAGCAAUGGGUGUGUAGACUUUCAUUAGCGACUGUGUACAUGUUUUGGUUGCAUGUGUUGACUGGUACCUUCAUCCUUCCUCUCUCUCCUCCCCUCUCUCUCUCCUCCCCCCUCUCUCUCUCCUCCCCCCUCUCUCUCUCCUCCCCUCUCUCUCUCCUCCUCCUCCCCUCUCUCUCUCUUCCUCCCCUCUCUCUCUCUCUUCCUCCCCUCUCCUCUCUCUCCUCCCCUCUCUCUCUCUCUCCUCCCCUCUCUCUCCUCUCUCCCCUUCUCUCUCUCUUCCUCCCUCUCUCUCUCCUCCCUCCCCUCUCUCUCUCCUCCCUCCUUCCUCCUCUCUCUCUUCUCUCUCCUCCCCUCUCUCUCUCUCCUCCCUCCUCUCUCUCUCUCUUCCUCUCCCUCUCUCUCUCUCCUCCUCUCUCCUCCCCUCUCCUCUCUCUCCUCUCUCCCUCCUCCUCCUCUCUCUUCUCUCCUCCCCUUCUCUCUCUCUUCCUCCCCUCUCUCUCUCUUCUCCCUCUCUCCUCCCCUCCUCUCUCCUCUCCUUUCUCUCUCUCCUCCCCUCUCCUCUCUCUCUCCCCUCCCCUCUCUCUCUCCUCUUCCUCCCUCUCUCUCUCUUCCUCCCCUCCUCUCUCUCUCUCCGUCCCCUCUCUCUCUCUCCUCCCUCCCUCUCUCUCUCUCCCUCUCUUCUCUCCCCUCUCUCUCUCCUCCUCCUCCUCCUCUCCCCUCGCCUCCCCUCUCUCUCUCCCUCCUCCUCUCUCUCCUCCCCUCUCUCUCCUCCUCUCUCUCUCCUUCUCUCCCCAUAGCAACAGGCAGAGCUGGCCGCCCAGGCAGAAGACUCUGUAGCCCAGAUGGUCCGUGUUUCAUAGCAUUCUACACACCGACGAUGUCUUCCUCCGUCACUAGGCUAGGGCGAUAUACCGUUUAUACCGUAUCCCGGGUAUUUCUAAAUACCGACAGUAUGAUUUUCAAUACCGUUUAAAAAAUAUAUAAUCAUAUUUUUGUUUGGGGCUGCGUGCUACGCCACUGCUUAUAACUAGAACUUUAGUUUAACUAUAAGAAAUCUAAAAUGUGUCAAUUAAAUGAUAUCCUGUUCAGGGCACCAGCUAUGCAUUUGGUUUGCUAACUUGCUAGCUAAGUGGCCAGAUGUCAAGAUACAUCUUCUUGGUUACUGCAGACAUUCAUACCCCUCCUCAACCAUCCCGCCCAGAGGGAUACCUGACCCGGCUAGCCAGCACCCAGCUACACCACCUCUCCUCAUCCAAUAAUAAUAAUUGAUUGGAUUUAUAUAGCACUUCACCAUACACUCAAAGUGUUUUACAACGUAAGGGGUAAACUCAUCCAAGACAUCACUCACCACAGAUAUGGAGCUCCUAUCUGGGUGAUGCCAUUUUGCGCCAGAAAGCAUAAACCUUCCACCACCUCCUGCCCCUUACGCAACCACGUUAUCCCUACGACUGGGAUUUCUCAACGAGGGGUCACUAUGA